AUGGUGCACUGGAAAGAAAUCGUUCGAGAGAAGCGCCGGAGUCAAGCCGAAUCCAUCCCUCCCGCAUGGCGAUUGCCAUUUAUUCCUGAGGAUUUCGUCAAUUCCAUAGAUGUCAUUGAAUCUUGUGAUAUUCUUUCUGACAAGGAGAGACAAAUCACAAAAAUCACCGAUGCACCCGCUCUACUUCGCAAAAUGGCUUCUGGAGAGCUAUUUUGUUUGGAGGUGACGACCGCGUUCUGCAAACGGGCUGCAAUUGCACACCAAUUAAUCAACUGCUGCACGGAGAUGUUCUUUGAACGUGCUUUGAAACAAGCAAAAGAGCUUGAUGAUCAUUUGGCCAGGACGGGGAGUGUGGUUGGACCACUGCAUGGUUUACCAAUCUCGAUCAAGGAUGGAUUUGAAAUCGAGGGCAUUGAUACAACUGUUGGAUGGGCUGGUUUGAUUGGAAAACCAGCUGAGAGGUCCGGGAGCGUCGUUCGACUGCUGCUUUCUUUAGGUGCAGUUUUGUACGUCAAAACGAACAUACCACAAUCACUCAUGAUGUCGGAUUCGUAUAACCAUGUAUUCGGUCAAUCCGUCAACGCUUUCAAUAAACAUCUUAUCUCAGGGGGCAGCUCGGGUGGCGAAGGCGCUUUAGUUGGGGCCCAGGGUAGUAUCAUUGGUGUCGGGACAGAUAUAGGGGGCUCAAUCCGGAUUCCCGCUGCGUUACAAGGCUUGUACGGGCUUUUACCGUCUGUGGGACGCAUCCCAUGGGAAAAAUCAUCGAUGACCCAAAAUUACAUCGUCCAGCCAGUUGCUGGCCCAAUCAGCCACACGCUGGGGAACAUUGAAAUGUUUAUGAAAGCUGUCUCUUCUUCAUGUCCGUGGAAAACCGAUCCGAGGGCCUUACCAAUUCCAUGGAGAGAGGAGCUUACUAAACCGCCCACUGGACCGUUAAAGAUAGCCUUCAUUUUCGAUGAUGGGGUUGUGAAACCACAGCCUCCAAUAUCUCGAGCUCUGCGAGAAACCGCGGCUAGACUCAAGGCAGCAGGGCAUGAAGUAAUUGAGUGGGACGCCAGUUCACAUGACGAGGGAAUCAAUUUAUGGUUGAAAGCAGUAUUGGCCGAUGGUGGAGAGGAUUGCCACAACAUGUGUAAGUUGGUUGACGAGCCCCUGAUUCAAGGUAUGCUUGUCGGUGAGGAGCGGGAUAAACUAGACAUCCACCAACGGCAGCAGCUUGAGACGCAGAAAAUUGCGUAUAGGGAAAUGUACCUUGCUCACUGGAACAAAAUCGGCAUCGACGCACUGGUAAUGCCAGUUAUGGCCUGGGUUAAUUUCAAGCCACGUACUUGGGUUGAGAGCAAGCAGCUGCUCGGCUACAGUGCUCUCUGGAACUUGCUCGACUACGCAGCCCUGACAGUCCCAAUUACCAAGGUUGAUCCUGUCGUUGACGCACCGGGCAGUGAGUGGCUUGAGCACAAGCCUCGAAAUGAAUCGGACGCCUUUAAUCAUCAGCAAUAUAAUGUGAACCUAGUUAAAGGGAUGCCGGUUUCGCUGCAAGUCGUGACGGAGAGAUAUGGAGAAGAAAAGGCUAUUUCGAUCGGGAAGGUUAUAGAGAGUCUGAAAUAA